CCGCCAUAUUUAUUACCGCUCCUCCAAUUCCCAACUCUGUUUUCCCCACUUGUAUGCAAAAUGGAAGAUUAUGUGAUGAAGGUCGAGGAAGGGCGCCCGGCGGCGGACGGGAAGCCGUCGGCGGGGCUGGCCUAUCGCUGCAUUUACGCAAAGGAUGGGCUCAUGGAAAUUCCACCUGCACUCAUUUCUCCAUGGGAUUUUUUCAGUGAAUCCGUUAAGAAGUUCCCAAAAAACCCGAUGCUAGGUCGCCGUCUACUCAAGGAUGGAAUGGCGGGUGGAUACAGUUGGCUAACUUACCAGCAAGUCUAUGAUACAACUAUUGCCAUUGGUUCUGCUAUGCGACGCCGUGGCGUCAACCCUGGCGACAAAUGCGGUAUAUAUGGGGUUAACUGUCCUGAGUGGAUCAUGGCAAUGGAGGCGUGUAAUAGUCAGGCUAUCACAUAUGUACCACUAUAUGAUUCACUCGGUGCAAAUGCAGUGGAGUUCAUUAUCAACCAUGCUGAAGUCUCCAUUGCUUUUGUCCAUGAAAGCAAAUUUCCUGCUAUACUUUCAUGUCUCUCCAAAUGUGCCUCAAAUCUAAAAACUAUUGUCAGCUUCGGAAAGGUUUCUGAUAAGCAGAAGGAGGCAGCUGAAGAGCUAGGUGUCACUUGCUUCUCAUGGGAAGAGUUUGCUCUAUUGGGUGAUUCAGACGGCGAUCUUCCUCCUAAGAAGAAGACAGAUACAUUGACGAUAAUGUACACCAGUGGCACGACAGGGGAGCCAAAGGGGGUCAUUCUAUCAAAUGGUGCUUUUAUGUCUGAAGUCUUGUCUAUGGAUCAACUCCUCAGAGAGACAGACAAAGCUGGUACUGAAGAGGAUGUGUACUUUUCCUUCCUUCCUCUAGCUCAUAUAUUCGAUCAAAUCAUUGAGACCUAUUGUAUCUACUCGGGCUCAUCCAUUGGGUUUUGGCAAGGGGAUAUUCGUUUCUUGAUUGAGGAUCUUGUCGUCUUAAAGCCAACUAUAUUCUGUGGUGUUCCUAGAGUUUUUGACAGAAUAUACACAGGCAUCAUGGAUAAAAUCUCAGCUGGUGGCUCACUGAAGAAGUCACUUUUCCAGAUUGCAUACAACUAUAAACUGAGGAAUCUGGAGAAAGGGCUCAAACAAGAGGAAGCAUCUCCGCUUUUGGACAAGCUCGUUUUUGAUAAGAUUAGACAAGGAUUUGGUGGACGUGUUCGUCUCAUUCUAUCGGGAGCUGCACCUUUACCUAAGCACAUUGAGGAGUUCUUGAGGGUGACUUGCUGCUGUGUCUUGUCACAGGGCUAUGGCCUCACAGAAAGUUGUGGAGGGUGUUUCACAUCUAUAGCCAACGUAUUCCCUAUGAUAGGCACAGUGGGGGUUCCUAUGACCACGAUCGAGGCAAGACUCGAAUCUGUGCCUGAGAUGGGAUAUGAUGCUCUCUCUGUCGUUCCCAGAGGUGAAAUUUGUCUUCGGGGAAACACCUUAUUCUCUGGCUACCAUAAACGCCAAGAUCUCACGAAUGAGGUGCUCGUUGAUGGUUGGUUCCACACAGGUGAUGUUGGUGAAUGGCAGCCUAAUGGAGCGAUGAAGAUCAUAGACAGAAAGAAGAAUAUAUUCAAGCUGUCACAAGGCGAAUAUGUUGCUGUGGAAAGUCUCGAAAGCACCUACUCACAAUGCCCUCUCAUUACAUCGAUUUGGGUGUAUGGCAACAGCUUCGAGUCGUUCCUAGUGGCUGUGGUGGUGCCGGAGAGAAAGGCACUUGAAGAUUGGGCAGUGAAUAGUGAAGAGAAAGGAGAUUUCACGCUCCUGUGCAAUAAUCCGAAAGCAAGAAAAUAUAUUCUGGACGAGCUCAACAAAACGGCGAAACAACAUAAUCUCCGCGGCUUUGAAAUGUUGAAGGCCGUUAGCCUAGAGCCUAUUCCUUUCGACAUUGAUAGGGACUUGAUCACUCCAACGUUCAAGCUUAAGAGGCCACAGCUGCUCAAGCAUUACAAGGACUGCAUUGAUCAGUUGUACAUUGAAGCUAAAGGUACAAAGUCAUAGGAGCUGCGUCAUCAACAUUGUUGAAGAUCUGUUGGUGUUUCUGUUUUGAGGAGGAAAUGAAACAAUUUCCCCAGCACUUUCUUAUAAACUCGUUCUACCAUGUGUUAAAUAUGUUUUUGAAUACUUUGUUACAUAUAUAUCAAGGCUGAGAAUAAAUGGUUUUAUAUUAUGAGACGAUGUAGACAGAUUCGGUUUAUAAGGCGUUGGUAAAAUUCAAACACCUUUUUCAA